ACGCAAUACUGUGGCUGCAGUUAUGACAGGGCAGAGGGAAGGAGUGUGGUUUGUGGUUUCUUUAUUCUCCAGAAAUGAAAGUGAAAGGAAAAAAAAAAAAACAAGUUUCAGGAUGUUUAAUGUCACUCUGGUUUCACAGACAGUUCUUCAGUUAAGGGGCUCCAUUUAAAAGGCAAAAAAUACAUUUAAAAGGCAUUUAAAAUAUAAUAAAACAAUAUGCAUUGUGCUUUUAGAAAGUAUUCAGACCCCCUUCACUUUUUUAAAUUUUUUUCAAGUUGUGGCCAGAUGCUACAGUCAAAUAAAUUCAUUUUUAUUCCCAUCAAUCUACACUCAGUACCCAGUCAUGACAAAGUGAAAAUAGAAUUUUUGAAAUUUUUGAAAAAGUAUUAAAAAUAAAAAUAUGAAAUAUCACAUUGGCAUAAUUUUUCAGGCUCUUUGCAAAAAACAAAACACUUGAAAUUUAUCUGUGAUUCCUCCCUUUUCUCUUGAUCUUUGCAGAGAUGUUUCUACACCACAGUCCUCCACUGAUCGGGGCUUAUGGAGUUAAUCUGAUAAUAAAGAAAAAUAUAGAAAUAAUAAUAAUAAUAUAAUAUAGAAAAUUAUAAAACUGUGAAUGCCAUAAGCCUUCAUUUAAAGGCCCCAGGAGGUACCAGGACAUUUAAGGGUUGAUUUCUACUUCUAUGGUGUAAGUCUGACUCUAUUCUGAAUUAAAUGACCUUCAGUGUUGGGGUUAUGUGAAAGUGUAGAUCCACCAGUGUUAAUUCAACUCUGUAGCAAGUCAUUUCGAAGCUCUGACCUCUGCUAUUCCAAAUCCACUGUUCUUUUCUGGAAUACCUUUGUUUAUGGUUCUUGCUGAUUUUUGACACGAGUGAAGUUAUCCACUAAAUCAGUCAGUGCCCACCUGUGGUAGUGGAUGGUCCACAAUAAAGAGUAGGUGUGCAUUUGGCUCUCUGCUACAUCCUAGAUGUUUAAUACAAAUCUUUAAUAAGUAUAAAAGUGCAUUGUAAUGAGUCAGUAAUCAACACCUUAAAUUAAGACCUACAGUGAAAGAGAAUUACACCAUGCUGUGUUAAAAGCACACUAUAGUGAGAAAAUACAACCCUGUGAGUGUUGAAAACUGACAACCUUCUAAAGUGUUAAUCCAACUUGGACCUGAGAGAAUUAUUUAGAUUCUGGUAAAGUGUUAAAUUUAACUCUGUAGGAGUUGAAUUAACACUGACAGUUUUGCUUUGAAGGAGGAUUGCCUGAACAAAGGAAGGGUUAGUCCAACUCUGUAGAGAGCCAGUUGAUUGAAGCUCUGCCCACUGCCAUUUCAAAACUAGGACUUUCCCAUGAUGCCCUUGGGCAGAGUGUUAAGAUGUGUUUAAGAUGGUUUUUGUGUAUUUAUAUGUGUUUAGAUGUUGCCUGUUGUACGCUAAUCACAGUUUGAAUAUCUUUUUGAAUUAGUCACCUUAGGUAAGGGAUAUGGGAAAGACGUCUGACUUUGCUACAGGUGGUCAAUACAAGUUUGCAGUUUUAAAUAAGUAUGAAAGUGCAUUGCAAUAUGUCAAUUAAAACUGUGAAUACCUUAAAUAUAUACCUACAGUGAAAGAGAAAAGCACAAUGUUGUGUUAAAAGUACACUUUAAAGAGUAAAAAGCUACCCUUCAUUUCACAAAGAACAAAUUUUUGAAUCCAGAAACUAUUUCUUACAAUGUGAAAGAUGUUUAACUUGUGUGGCUUGUUUCAUUUAAUCUUGAAAAAUUGUAGUUUUUUAUUGUUAGAAUCAAACCUUUGUCUGAAAAACCUUGAUGCAUUAUUUGGAAAUGAAUUUCCUCCAGUAAAUAUCUACAUUUAAAUGUAUCUUCUUUCAAUCCUAAUAUUUUAAGUCAUCCUCUCCUGUUGUUUUUGAAUUGGUCUUUUGUUCUACUGCGCUUCAUUAAAUUAAAUAGCGAAUGCCAAACCUUCGAGUGUUCCAGUAAAUACUUUACAAGACAAUUAAUCAGUGUGAACCUGCUGAACAUGUGGACACACCCUGCAAGGGUUAAAAAAAUGUUGGUUGAUUAUUUGAAUGCUGACAUGGCUUGAAAAGAGGAGGAACAGACUGGCAGAGCUUUUCAACAGAAAUGAAACUAACAGAGGAAUCACACGCUCACACAGUCUGGGAGUUCAGAGCCAAAGGACCCAGAAGACUGGGAUCAGGAUCAUCUCUACCUGAAAGAUAUGGCUGCCACCAAACCAUCACCCCGUGACAAUGACCAGCUGGAAAAGCACGUCACAUGCACCAUCUGCAUGGAUUUAUUCAGGGAUCCUGUCACUACAGCUUGUGGCCACUCCUUCUGUAAGAAAUGUCUAAGCUGCAACUUUCAGUACAAUGACAUGAUGUGCCCCCUGUGCAAAACACCUCUCAGCAGACACCCCGAUGUUAACAUCGUCCUAAGAGACAUUGUGGAAGAGAUUAAAAAAAAGACCCCAGAGAAAGAUGAUGAUGAGUACACUGGGGCGCCUGGCGAAGUGGCCUGUGACAUGUGCACAAAGCGAAAGCUGAAAGCCAAGAAGUCCUGUCUUGUGUGUCUGGCCUCGUAUUGUUCAACCCACCUUAAGAAUCAUUCUUUGACUAAAAGGCUGAAGGGUCACAAGUUGGUCGACCCUGUAGAGAACUUGGAUGAGAGAGCCUGUCUGCAGCAUGGACGCCCCUUGGAGCUGUACAGCAGAAAGAGGGAGAGAUGUAUUUGUGUGCUGUGUAUGGAAGAAGACCAGGAGGAAGUCGUUCCUAAUGAAGAGGAAUGGAACAGGAAGAAGGCUAAGCUUGAAAACACCAAGACUGAGCUACGACAGAAAAUCAAAAAUAGAAAAACACGACUGGAUGAAAUAAAUGCAUCUCUUAAGACAUGUGAGGACCAGCUGAACAAAGAGUGCGGGGAUAUUGACGCUGUGUUCACUGCUGUAACUGCCAUGGUGAAGGAGGCCCAUGAAAAAGCUCUUCAGCCAUUACAGGACAAGAGGCAGGUUGCUGAAAAGGAGGCAAAAGAAAUUGAGGAGAAGUUGGAAGCAGAGAUCAACCAGCUUGAGAAAACCAUCUCUGAGCUGGUUGAUAUAUCUGCACUUGAGGAUCACAUCCUGUUCCUGCAGAAAUACCCGUCUCUUCAAGACAUGGAUUGCAUCAAAGACUGCCCAGAGGUGGAGCUGGACAUUUCACUGUCAUUUGGCACCAUGCGAAAAAUCACAACAACUAUGCUGGAAUCAAUUGAACAGGAACUGGUGAAGCUGACCCCUCUUGAGCUUCAAAGAAUUCCAAAGUUCAUCGUGGAUGUGAGGCUGGAUCCAACCACUGCACACCAACGCCUGGUUCUGUCUGACAAUGGUAAGGAAGUCAAAGAUGGAGAGGAACACCAUGAAGUUCCUGAUUCUCCUGAGAGGUUUGACAUGUUUGGCAGCAUCCUGGGGCUCAACAGUCUGAAAUCUGGGAGGUCCUACUGGGAGGUGGAGGUCCGGAACAAGUCAGGGUGGGAUCUGGGUGUAGCAAGAGGGGACGCAAACCGCAAGGGCAAACUGUCUUUGACUCCAGAUAACGGGUACUGGGUUACUGUUCAUUACGAAGACGACAAGUACGCCGCCCUGACAGCCCCACCUGUUGGUCUGUCGCUGACAGACAAACCUGAGAAGGUGGGAGUGUUUGUGGACUUAGACGAGGGUCUCGUGUCCUUUUAUGAUGUGACGGCAGAAUCUCACAUCUACUCAUUUACUGAGUGCUCGUUCAAUGGAAAGAUCUUCCCAUAUUUUAGUCCCCAUUCAAGAAAAGAUGAGAAAAACAUAGAUCCCUUGAUUAUUUGUCCUGUUAAGAAUUGUGAGCAGGAAAUUGAUGUGUCAUGAGGGAUAAGGGGGUUAAUCAUGGGUAGUAUAAAACUUUGGAAGUUGUGUUUGGUAAAUUUGAAUUUUGUUGAUACUGUCCGUUGUGUGAUGUUUUGUGUAAGGGUUGAACUCAGGU